AUGUCCGGCCUACGCGUGCGCACGCCCAAGAAGGCGCGCGCGCGCCCUCCAGCAAAGGACAACUACGACGAGGCGAUCGAGGAGUACGAGCGGGAGCAGAACCCCAAGGCGAUCAAGAAUCGCGUGCGCAAGGCGCAAAAGGCGGCGGAGCAGGCGCUCGUGACGGGCGACAAGAUGGCGCGCUGCGGCGCGGCGCUCAAGCUGCUCGGCUUGCGCGACGACGCGUACUGGUUCCAGGAGCCGGUGCCGGUGGGCGAGGUGCCCGACUACCUGGACAUCGUCGAGGAGCCGAUGGACUUCCGCACCAUCGCCGGCCGCCUCGCCGGCGGCGAGUACGGCGACGACGCGCUCGCGUUUGCGUCGGACGUGCGGAAGGUCUUUACGAACGCCGUCAAGUACAACUGGUCGCCCGACCACCCGUGCAACAUCGCUGCGCGGGCGGGGCUGCGCGAGUUCGAGCAGCUCUUCGCGCGCGCGAACGGCAACGGCUCCGCCCCCAAGCCGCCCCCGCCCGCCGCCCAGCCGCACAAGAAGCGCCACCGCGAUGGCGGAGGAGGAGCCGCUGGGUCGGCGGACAGAGACCGCGAGCUCAUCGCGGGUCUGGGCGAGUACCUCGUGUCGUGCGGCGGCGCGGAGGGGCUGGUGGACGGCUGGUACACCCGGACGGAGGUCCGCAAGGGAGGGGGCACGGCCGGCACGUUCGACACGUACUUCUUCACGCCCGCCGGGAAGCGCUUCCGAUCUCGCGCCGAGAUCGCGCGGUUCUUCCAGCUCGAGGCGGCGCCGGCGAAGUCUGCCAAGUCGCAGGACGCCGAGGAGAGGAAGGCGCUGAAGAGCGCCGAGCGCGAGGCGAAGAAGCAGCAGAAGGAGGAAGCUGCGGCGGCGCGCCAGGCGCAGCUCGACGCGGAGAGGGCGCUGCGAGAGCGGUACCCCGUCCCCGACGAGCGGCUGGCGGAGGAGGAGCCGCACGAGCCUCCUCUCGGCCCUCGCCCGACACCGCUGCCAGCAGGAACCGGCGCCGUGCCCGCCUCGGCUGUCGGCGACUUGCUGCAGGAGACGCGUCCCAGCCCUUCCCCAGACACCGGACAGGCCCUUGCCCAGACACCGGACAGCCCUCUCGGCCUGCUGCAGGUUUGCGACUUCCUGCGCGCACUCGGCCCCCAGCUGCAGCUGCCCUCGUACUCGCCUUCGGAGCUCGCGGCGGCACUGGCGCUGCUGCAGCUCGUGCUGACCGACAAGUCGCUCGGCGAGUGGUGGGGCGUGCGGGAGGCGCCGAACGGGCCAAAGGCGGCCUUUGCGAGGGCGUCGUCCGACUCGAAGAAGGUCAAGUGGUGGGAGGCGGACGCGAAGCCGCUGCUCAAGGUCGACCUCGAGGCGAUCCUCGCGUCGAGCGAGCCGACGUCGCGCACUCGCCGCUGGGUGGCGCAGCUCGAGACGGUUGCUCCGAUGCGCACAAACACCGGCGUCCCGAUCCGGCAAGCGCUGGUUGCGGCGAGGGCCAUCUCCUCCGACGGCGAGGUGCGGAGGUACCUCGACCGCGCAAUCUCGCACUGGAAGGGCAACGCCGCGGGCACGACAAAGUUCGCCGCUCUUUGGCUCGCGGCCCAGGUCCGGCGGAGCCGGCCGCAGAUCUUCACGGCGGAGGGGAUGGCGGCGGUCGAGGCGGAGGAGGACGGCGGCGUGGACACGUCCUUGGACACGUCCGAGGACGUGCCCCCGCCCGAGGAGGAGGAGGACGGCGCCUCGGAGCUCGCGCCGUCGGAGGCGACCGACGAGAUCGACGGGCGGCUCUGGACGGGCGCUGCCGCGGAGGGGUGGGUGGUGCGCGCCAAGGGCAAGACGGGCCAGAAGUGGGGCAACUGGAUCUACGUCGGCCCCUCCGGCACAAAGUACCACUCCAAGGUUGCCGCCUUCGAGGCGCGAGACGCGGAGGCGCACCGCGCGGCCGACACGGACUCCGUCGCCCUCUCGCGCCUCAAGAGCGAGGCGGGGCCGCCAGAGGCGCUCGUCGGCGCGCGCGUGUCCGUGUUGUGGUCGGAGGAGGGCGGGGCGGGGGCGUGGUACCCGGGGCAGCUGUGGGCCUUCGACGCGGCGACGCGCGAGUACCACAUCCUCUACGACGACAACUCGGAGGAGCGGCUCGACCUCACAAAGGUCAAGCACCGGCUCGUCUACCAGCUGCAGCCGCCGCACCUGCUGCGCUCGCGCAACCCGCCCGCGCCGGAGGUGAGCGACGUCACCGCCUACUCGUGGCCGCCGCUGCUCGCCGCGCCGCUCUCGUCCGGCGGUGACGCCUCCGCCCUCGCGCUGCCCUCGGCCUGCGGCGGAGCGAGCCAGCUGGAGCCCGCCAUCCGCGCGCUGCUGGGCCAGUCGCCGUCGCUCGCCCACGAGGUCUACAGCCGGCUGCCGCCGCUGCAGAAGCUGGGCUUGCUGCGCGUGCUCGUCGACGGCGCGUGCGACUCGCCGCACACCGCCAAGGCGGUGGACGAGGCGAUGGCGAGGCGGAGGGGGGUGAGUGAGGUUGCGGUUAGCCUCGAGGUGCAGAAGCGGCAGGAGGCGCUAGCGUGCGGCGGGCAGGCGGAGUCCGACCUCGCUGUCGAGCUCGAGCUGCAGGCCGCGAACGGGAUCGACUCCGACGGACGCGACUUCUCGGCCGCCGAUCGGGAGUGGCACCGUCAAAGAGCCGCCGACUUGGAGGGCAUCGUUGCGCGGCGCGACCUGAUCAAGCACCGGCGGGACACCUUUGGCCCAGCGCGCGACGCGGCGCAGUAG